GAAAAAGUAGAGAGGGUUGUAUCUUACAGGAACUAGAGACACUGUGUGUGUCGACAAUAAACAGCGAGAAAAACUUCCGCAGGAAUGUCUUGAAAUUAAGAUUCUUACAACUGAAGCUGAAAGUGUAGAAGUGGACUGAUACAAUCGUCAAAAGAUGAAUUACUGGGAAAAUGGUGUUAAGUUAAUCUACAAAAUGAUGCCCUCUCCAGCAGCCAAUAGGUACCAUGGCUUGUUAAACCAAGGAGCAACAGAUUACCUUAACAGUGUGCUGCAGGUGCUUUUCAUGACCGAAGACUUUAUAGAGGCUGUGGAAAGGCACACCUGUGAAAAUCCUGGCACUGAGUGUAUCGAUCCUCAUCUUACAUCCUUGUUUAAUGACUUAAAAGAACGUACGGCAUACACCUAUACAAUCACACAGAAGAUGGGCAUCAACAACGUGUAUGAACAGCGUGAUGCUGCUGAGUACUAUGAGAAGAUUUUAGGUCUGACCAGUCCUGACGCAUCCAAGGUAAAGAAGACAUUAUCGAUAUCCAAGGGAUUGGGUUUGUUAAAAAAAAUUGGUUACCAGUCUGUGUAUUUCUGUCUGUGCUUUCAGAUCUUUCACGGACUGUUGACACACAAGACCAUAUGUUCUGCAUGUCAUACUGAGACUGACACAGAUGGGGCAUUUUGGCAUCUUUCUCUUGCAUUGGUGGAUUACAGUGAACACUAUAGUGUAGUGAAUGGCAUUGAGGAGUAUUUCAGAGCAACAGAUUUCAGCGGAGAAAACCAGAUGUACUGUGACAAGUGUGAUGCCAAAUCUAACGCAACUAUUAAAUGUGUAAUAAAGCAUCAUCCAGAGGUUUUGAUGCUGCUGCUGAAGAGGUUUGAGUUUGACUACCGUUACAUGACAUACGUCAAAAUCAACCGCACUGUGGAUGUUCCCCACACCCUACAGAUACCAGAGAAUCAGGCAUAUGAACUUUAUGCAGUCGUGCAGCAUUUUGGAGAUCUCAGAAGUGAACAUUACGCUGCAACAAUCAAGUCCCAGGAGGAUGAUAGAUGGUAUAACUUCAGCGAUGCUACGGUCACAUUGAUGGAUUACCAGCCAUUCCAGCUGGAUGGCUUUGAGAAAUCCAGCAGCGCUUAUCUUCUUUUUUACAGGAAAAAGAAAGUGCAUCCUGCUGAUACUUGUUCUCAGGACAUCAGAGAGGUGCCUACUCCUGGAGGCUUCUUGCCAUCUACCUGUGAUAUCUAUGAUCAUGGUCAAGAUGCUGCAGAGAGAGAGGAAUAUGAGAAGGCAGCAGAGGCGGGUAAUAACACAGCAGUAGCUGUUUCCAUCGACAUAAAUGAAGAAACAGGAAAUAAAGACUUAGUCAGUGUUCCAGAGAGGUCUAGAGAAUUGGGGGUGUCAUCUGACCUCUAUAUAGAGGAUCAGGACUUUAAUGCCAGGCCCAGUAUACCAUACAAUCAUCAGGAGUGUAAUGAGGAAAGGAAUGACUUGAGUUAUCGUCCUCAAGGUGCUCAUGCAGAAAGACCAAGAGAUGAGGAGAAAACAGUGAUGGAUGAUGAGGACUUGAGAGGAAAUGCAGAGGCUAAAGACCAGGCAGUAAAGAGAGAAACUCAACUUGAAGAGAGUGUUGCCCAUCAGGAAAAUGACAGUGGAAGACUAGAUGAUGUUAGACAUAAGAAACCACAUGCGUGUCUGGAGGGUGACGACAUACCCAACACGUCAGGUAACCAUCAAAAGUAUCAACAGGAAGUCAGCAGUAUGCAUGAGAGACGUGAGUAUCCUCACCAAGUUUGUGUUGAUAUGCAGAGAGAUGAGGAAAGAAUGGUGAUGGAUGUAAAUAGAGACAGGGAUGGAAAGAUGGAAAGAUGGAAGGUGAACAGUCAGAAAGGAGAGAAAUAGAUUCAACAAAAUACAUUGACAAGGAUGCAGAGCAUCAGGUCAAUGAAGGAUUAGGUGAUGUAAGACAGAACAGGUAUGAAGAUCAGGAGGGUACACAGAAAGUUGGUCAGGAUUAUAACCUCAAACCUGUUAGUUUGGACAAACAGGGAGAUAACGACAAGUUGGAAAUAGAUGUUAGGGUUGACAAGGAAAGACAAACUGGAGCAGAUGAAACUGGGAUGGCAUCAGGACAUUUCCAAAGAAGAGAGGUCUCUUCUCUUAGACGACCAGGAUUGGUAGCAAGCAGCAGACAGGGGGACGCUCAACCAAAAGCUAGAACUGGAUAUAAUGAAGGAGCAAUUAUAGGAAGAUGUGGUUCAAAGCAAUCAAAAACAUAUGAUGUGACGAUAAUUGAGGAAGAAUUUAAGGAUGGUGUACAAAGAAGCUGUGAGAUUAAGAACAUGAGAAUAGAAACUUUAGCUGGGACCUCACAAGAUGGCAUGAAGAGUCGGGUAGAAUAUAAUGACAGAAAUGUCAAAAGAAAAUCUGAUACAAAAAAAGAUGCAAAUGUCACUUUGUCAGAGAGUGUUUAAAAACACGAUUUAAAACUACAUGACUCACCUGAACUAAAGCAACCGACACGCAGAAACAAAGGACGGUCUGAUGCAGCAGUUCAAGCUGGAAUAAAACAUGCAACGAAAGAAAGAGGUGAGAAGAAAAGAAAAUGGCCGCUUCGCUUUUCACCUUACAAGGAAAGCACAAAGGAAAAAAAGAAACGCACAAAAACUACUGGGUGUAUUCCUUUUUCUUGUAAAAGCCAGAAAAGUGGAGACCAGACUUCAGAGUCAUAUUCAGACAAAAUGCAUACUUUGUCCAGGAUAACACAAGUUGUUAUUUUACCAGACUGCUUGUUAUUAUGGUGAUCAACAAGUAACACAUUUUUUAUUGAUGCUUAUUGAUAGGCCUACUUUUUGGCAUUCAGGCAGUAUGGACAGUACUGUAAUAAUGUUGUUUAUGAGUUCAGUGUGGCUCAGUCUGUUUAAAAGAUCUCCUUUGCUGGUUUUGGAUCAUGUAAAAUGCAUCACUUCCUGUUUUCCACAGGAUUGUCUCUGUGGAAAGAGCAGCUAAACUAAAAGGUUUAAUAAUGAGAAAGGGGGUUGUUUUAGAUUAAAGUGCUAAUUGCAUCGGUCUGUAAUAAAAAGUAACACAAUGGAAAUUGACAAGGAAAAACAAGAUUAUAUUUAUGUUAAGUUGAUUUGAAAUCACU